UCAUCAGCGCCCUUCUACCACUGAACUGUGGAAGAAGAAGCAGAAGAGGAACCAUGGCGAAGAUGCGCGCCCAAAUAUCUCCUUCUCGUCUUCUUCUUCCCGGGUCCAACAGUUUAAUGUGAGGAAAGUGUAUCGUUUUAUCUUUCAGGUCUUUGGGGAACAAAGAUGGCAUUUUUACCUGUUUGUGAUCAUCUGUAUUGCCAAGAAGAGAGCUUGGAGAUGGAAGAAGGAGGACCGGAGGAAAUGGCGCCGGCGGUUUCGUCCAGAGAAGACUAUGAGACUGAGCACCAUGUUGUAUCGGUUGUGGAGGCUGCCGUCGGGGAAGAUUGGAAGGAGGUGUUGUCUUUUCUUGCCGAUAAGGAGUCGGAGGCUCUGCCCCUGCUGGUCGCCGACGGAGACGGCGGCAAUUUACACCUACGGACGGCGAGGGAGGUGGAAGUGGAGUGGGUGGUCCUCUCUUCUGCUCGGCACGGUUUCUCCACCGUCACGGCGGUGCUCGCGGUGAGCUACUUCGACCGGUGCUUCCUCCCCUGCGCCGGCGGCCGCCGCGGCCCGCUGAUGCGGAUCCAGGGCGACAAGCCCUGGAUGGGGCGGCUCGCCGCCGUGGCGUGCUUGUCCCUGGCGAUGAAGGUGGAGGAGACCCGCGUGCCUCUGCUGCUCGACCUCCAGGUUCCGCCUCCGCUGCCGGCGGCAGCUUCUUCGGCGGAGGAAGGCGGGUUCUUGUUCGAACCAAAGACCGUACGACGAAUGGAGCUCCUGGUGCUCUCUUCUCUCGGGUGGAAGAUGAAUCCCGUUACCCCUCUCUCUUUCAUCCACCACCUUCUCCCCCGUCUCUGUUCUGGUGGUGGCAUUGCUGCCCGUAUCCGGGAGUUGGCGAGGAGAUCAGAGGAGGCACUUCUCUGUGUAAUCGCCGACUGGGAAUGGGUUCGACAUCCGGCAUCGGUGUGGGCGGCGGCGGCUCUGCUCCACGCGAUGGAGUCGCAAGAGGCCUACCGCCUCGUUUCUCUCCUCAAACUCUCCAAGGAAAACCUGGAACGAUGCUACCAUCUAAUGGCGGAAUCCAUGAGCGCCACCAAUGCGACUGGCCACAAGCUCAAGCAUUCUUCUCUCUCAUCGCCGGCGAGUCCUCGUGGAGUGGUCGGUUCCUGCUUCAGCAGCGAGAGCUCGUCCGGAUCAUGGCCGUUAUGGCCUCCCCCUGAUUCGUUGUCGCCGGAGGCAGCAGCUGCUGCUGCUCCUCUCAAGCAUAGAAAGCACUCAAAGGAGCAGUUUUGACAGGCGAUUCGAUUCCUGAAUCUCUCGAACAAGAUCCAAAAGCAGAGCCAGCUUCCUGUGACCCUGUCGUUGUUCAACUAAAAAAAUUCCUGUCUUCUCCAAAUUAUGUUCAAUGCAUCAUCGCUUCUCUUUCUCAUUGCUCUUUACCUCUGAAACGUUUAUCAGAGAGAAAACGGAGAGAAGUUUCAACAACUGCAACAAUGUCUCCGAUCGACGACUUGUCUGCGGACGGAGGUAAAGCAAUAAAGAAGAAGAAGAAUAAGAACUUUAGUUUGCCUGUCGGCGAUCAGUAACUGUGCAUGCAUGCAUGCUUUGAUCUCUUCA